GACAUUAUUUUGACAAGUCACUCAACUCUCGAAAAACGGAGUAUUUCGAAGUUAAUUUUUACGGUUCCUUCUAUUAAAAAAAUAUUAUAAACCAUAUUUACAAUUAAACUUAAAGUCAAAAUGACUUUAUAUCACUUCGGGAAUUGUUUAGCGUUAGUUUACGCUCCAUAUCAUAUGGCUUAUAAAUUUUCGGGAAUAUCUGAAUAUGCAACAUUUUCGAAAUGCGUGUAUGCUGGAGGACUAUAUAUUUUGACACAGCUUUGUAAAAUGUUGCUCUUAGCAACUUUUUUUCCCGAUUCCGAUAACAUUCAAGGCGGUGAAUAUGAUAUAUUUCUUGAAAUUCUGAAAGCUACAGUUGAUCUUGCUGAUCUUCUUGGCUUAUAUUUUGCUCUAAAUUCAAUACCGGGGAAAGGACAUGCAAAGAUCUUGACAGCAGCGAUAGGUUGGGCCAGUGCUGAGGUGCUAGUGACCCGCAGUAUUCUCCUCUGGGUUGGUGCAAGAGGUUCCGAGUUUGACUGGCGAUAUGUGCGUUCAUGUGCUGAGUCCAACGUAGCAUUGUUACAGCAUGCCUCUACUGCUGCUCUUGUUUGGCUCUGGACCCGCAGUGACCUGUCUAGAAAACAUUUUCCCAUAGUUGUUACACUUUUAGCUAUAUCUCCUUACAAAAGUCUAAUAGAAGAAGCCAUUGCCAGUAUUUUUUCUCUCAGUGCUUGGGCUUUAUUAGGUCUUCGUACAGUACACGCCACUGCAAUUGGCCUCACUGCUUUAGCUAUGUAUGCAGUUUUAGCUCAACAAAUUGGAAUAUAACUGUUAAUUUAUGAUGAGUAUAAGUUCAAACCUUUGUAUUUAUUAUAUUUGAAAACAAUUUGGUGAGUGUCAGAUUAAGCAAAAUAAGUACCUAAUUUAAGUGUAGGUUAAAUUUAUAAUUAAAAAUAAAAUGUUCUUUGUUUUA